CAUUCUCUCUAUUUAAUCAACCUGCAGCACGAGCGCCGACGAAUCACUUCAUCUCCUCAGCGGAUCAGAUCGAAACCGUGGAUUGAUAUAACCCACUGACCAAGCGUUAAAGCCAGAAUGACAGAGUUGCAGUCUUCACCACCAAAUGAGGAGAAGAGUCUAAGUGCCAAUGAACUGACUGAAUUCUUCACCAUGUGGCAAGAAUUAAACUUCACAGAUGACAACAACUCGCAGGUGGAAGCGCAAAUGUGCCCCACAUCCUUCAACCGUUCUGCUCUCCUCCAUGCUAUGUGCACCCUCUACUCCUUCAUUUUUGUUGUGGGCCUGGCCGCCAAUGCGCUAGUAGUGUGGGUCAACUUUCGCUCAGGGCGUCAUUACCAUGACACACACUUGUAUAUAUUAAACAUAGCAGUGGCUGACCUGUGUGCGGUCGCUACUCUCCCGGUGUGGGUGAGCUCACUGGCACAGGAAGGUCACUGGCCAUUUGGCCAGGCGGCUUGUAAGCUCACACAUCUACUCUUCAGCGUCAAUCUUUUCGCCAGCAUCUUCUUCCUGGCCUGCAUGAGUGUGGACCGGUAUCUUUCAGUGGUCCACUCAAGGGAGAUUUCUCAAAGAAGAGGACGACAAAUACGACGUUUAGUGUGUGUGGUAACAUGGCUGCUUGCUUUAUUUGCCUCCAUUCCUGACGCAUACUUCUUGCAGUCGGUAAAGUCACAACACAGUCCUAUGACUUUGUGUCAUCCUAUAUAUCCAGAAGACAACCCUUUGCAGUGGAUGGUGGGCAUUCAGCUGAGUUUUGUGGUUCUUGGUUUUGUCAUACCCUUCCCUGUUAUAGCAGUGUCCUAUGCACUUUUGGCAAACGCUCUGGCCUCCUCUUCCUCUCAUUCCCCUUCAAAUGGUGACCAGGAUCGCAGCGUGAGCAGGAAGGUCAUCCUCACGUACAUAGUGGUUUUCAUAGCUUGCUGGGCACCAUAUCAUGCUGUGCUGUUAGCCGAUGCGCUAGCGAUGCUAGGUGUGUUCCCGAUGGUCUGCAGUUCAGAGAACGGCCUUUUUGUGGCGCUGAACCUCACGCAGUGCCUGUCGCUGCUGCACUGCUGUGUGAACCCUGUGGUCUACAGCUUUGCUCACCGGCAUUACCGCUAUGACCUCAUGAAAGCCUUCAUCUUUAAAUACUCCAAGCGUACGGGGUUGGCGCGACUCAUGGAGGGCUCUCAGGGCACCGAGAUGGAGUACGCAAUGGUGGAAAACACCCCUACAGCUGUGAGCUAGGACCCUCAAGAACAUCAUCCUCAACCGAUGUUCUGCACUGCUUCAAAACAUGAA